AUGUUCGCCUCGCGCGCCCGCCACCUUCUCCUCAGCGUACAACCCGCCAACCACGGCACCCUCCUCCGCGGCUGGACCUCCUACGCAUCCCCUCCCGGGUGCGGCGUCGGCGCGCAGCGCCACUACAACCACCACCAGCUGGAGGCUGAGUGGGAGGAGUCCAAGGCGGUGAAGUGUUGUCUGAUCAUACUGACAAUACGGUUUCGUUUUCUAGGUGGAAAGGAUGGUUGUGACCGAUCAUUCAUGUCUGAUCUUAUCUCUUGGAUUGCGCAGAACCCUCCCCCAUCUCAUUUCUUCCUUCUAUCCGGGGAUAAAGACUUCGCAAACAUCCUGCAUUGUCUUAGGAUGAGCAAUUAUAACGUAUUGCUUUCUUGCCCUGAUUCUGGCUCCAAGAUGUUACGCAGUGCAGCAACAUAUCUGUGGCCAUGGAAGGAUCUAGCUAAAGGGGUGGAUCUCAGACCCAAAUAUUUAAAUCAUCCGCCUGAUGGUUUAUCCUCUUCUUGGUAUGGUCGAUACGGUGAACCUGGUCAUGACUUUCUCCUGAAACCAAAGAACCCCAUGGCUUUACCAAGGAAAACCAAGGAGCCUAAGGUUCCCAAUUCUGCUGUGGUUGGAAUUAAGAGAGUGCUGUGCUUUUAUCCUCAAGGGAUCAGUGUUUCAGAACUAAGAAAAGAGCUUAAAAGGAUUAAUGUUUCUAUUGAUACAAGUGCAUUUGGCUUCAAAAUUUUCUCUGUCCUUCUCCUAGCCAUGCCUGAUGUUGUGAAAUUUGUAGAUCCUCUACCAUGUGAUAGAGGUGCAGGUGCUGCUGUGGUUGGGGUCUUCAAGACAUCAGGGGAUUCUGCUGGAAGUAGUAUUCAAGAAAAAUGCCACAAGGAAGUUGAAAGUGAGGAGCCAUCACCAUGUACAGAAAAGAGAGCACUUCAAGCGGAAGUUCCAUCAUCCCCAUCGGAUCAGUCAUCUAGAGACCACAGGAAAGCUCCUGGAUUUACUCAACGACCGGAGCCACCUUCCAAAAAUGUGCAAGCUGAUGUUACUCGGGCUGGGGAUGUUCCAUCACCACCAUCUGAUGCAUCACCGCCUACAGACCCAAAGGAAUGA